UAAGUUGACGCGUAUGCGUGUAAUGUGUGAUCAGAAUUACUGUGAAACGUAACGUUAGACUUCUAGUAGUAAAUGGUUUCAUCCAGCGAAGUAAUUUGUCAAGUGUACCGCCAUUGAGUUUUCCAUUCAAACUAAUAAAAUGUUUUUAAAAUUUGAAAUGAACAUUUCAAAACUGAUUUCGUUUAAGAUUUUUUAAGAGAUACUACAUAACAAUGUUUGGUGGGACUGUAAGGCUCAAUCCAUUAGGAGUAUUUAUUAUUGCGGCCUUGUCGAUUUUAUUCUUCGUAUCAUUAAACACGAAUCUUCUGAGGUCUUAUGACAGCAGUAAAAAAGAACCUACAGUGUCGCAAAACAAUAUUAGUCUUCGAAAACUCCUUAGUGAUUGUAUAUUGCUGGCAGAAGGAGGAGGUAGAAAAGUUGCCGAAAUCAGGAAGGACACUGACAUUGGAGAAACAAGCAAAGGAAAAACCAAAGAAGGCGCAAAAAAUGUUGUUACGAAAGCAGAUUAUAAUUCCCACUGUGUAAUGUAUUAUGGUUUAAAAGAAGAAUAUCCGACAAUAAAGGUUAUUUCUGAAGAGAAAAACAAAGACUGUACAGGUAUCCCUUCGCUUGACAAUUCGAAAAUCUUAGAAACAGUUCCUUCGAGUGAUGAGUAUGUUCCUGCAACUGAUAUUUCCGUCUGGAUUGAUCCUCUGGAUGCUACAUUAGAAUAUACUGAAAAUUUGUUACAGUAUGUGACAACAAUGAUAUGUGUUGCUGUGAAGGGGAAACCCAUCUUGGGUAUUAUCCACAAACCUUUUGAGCAGGAGCUGAACACGUACUGGGGUUGGGUUGGGAAAGGAACAUCUUCCAACAUUAAAUAUGUUCCUGAUAAUAAUUUGAACAAGAUAAUUAUUUCUCGAUCUCACACUGGAAAUACAAAGAACAUUACACGUUUGGCGUUUGGAAAUGAUGCUGAAAUUGUUGAAGCUGGAGGAGCAGGUUACAAGUCAUUACAAGUGGCUACUGGAAAUUUUGACGCCUAUAUUCAUACCACUGCCAUAAAUAAAUGGGACAUUUGUGCUGGAAAUGCUGUUAUCAAAGCCCUUGGUGGACAAAUGACAACAUUAAGUAAUGAAUCAAUAGAUUAUUCAUGGGGCAGUCAAGCUGAAAACACUGCAGGCCUACUCGCUACUGUGAAGAACCACAACAUCUUUUUAGAAAAGCUUAGUCGUGUGAAGAAACAGUAGCUUAAAAUUUGUGAAAAGCAGAGAGGUACAAAGCUGAAAACAAUUGCUCUCUAUGGAAAAAUAAAUGUAUAACAUUAUAAACUAUUUGAUAUGUAAUGUUUUAGUGGCCAAGAGAACGGAAAGUCUUAAGCAAAGUCUAAAGCAAAAAAGAAAAACCUGUAAACUAAGGAGUUUGUACCUAACUUGGGAUGGAGUUUAGGAGUAAAAUUAUGCUGCCAGUUAUGUAUGAUAUUGAAGUUUUGAAAGCACUACACUUUAAAUAAAUCUACCAUGGUACUGUUCAUCACUUUUAAAGUUCUAAAAUGAAGUUCUUUGUACCAUGCAAGUCUUAAUGGACUUAAAAAGAACAAGGAUUAUAUCUCUACUUCAUAUUUGCUUUAUCUUCUUUUGAGACUGCCCCUUUAUUCUCUCUUCUCUCCAGUAAGUACCAUCCCCAUCUUCUAUUUAUGUUUGCUCUUUCUCUGUCUUGACUUCUUUCAGGUCUUAAUAAUGUGUUUCGUCUAACAUUUUCACAGGUUCUUUUUCACUUGUUUCUGUCCACUGUCAUUUCAGUUCUGUGUGUGUGUUGACUGAUAGUAGCUAUUUGUGUUUGUUAUCUCUUCUUCAUCUCUUGACCCGAGACCUGAUAUAUCUGUCUCCUUUACAUUUUCUCUUUCACACAGAUUUUACCUCCACUCUUUUUUGAUAAUUUUCAUAGAAUAAGGCUUUUGUACUAAAAUAUCAAGAUUUGAUACAGACAGCUGUGCUAGAUUUUACUCUUUAUGGGCAGCUAUUUUUAUUUAUAAAUAUGUAUGUAGUAGUCUUGUGGAUGUGAGAUUUGUAUUAUUUGUAAUGUAAUGUUGUGAAAACAAAAGUGAUAUACAUUUAUGGGUGGAUGUUGCAAUCUUUAUUAAUUGAAAAUAAAUAUAUGAACUAUCAUAA